CGCUGAAGGGGGCCAGUCAUGGCAAGUGAUAUCAUCAUGCUGAUCAGAGGUUUGGCUAAGCUCAGUAAGGCCAUUCUAGAAACCCAAACAGGACAGUUGCGACAAGCAAUUUUUGGUGGUGAUGCAGUUAUUGUUGCAAGGACCUUGCAGGCCACUGUUGAAGAGCAGUUCAGUGCUGCCAUGGGAAAGAUGCAGGAGCUGGGUGAACAGCAGGAAAACAUAACCAAUCUCGAUAAGGAUUUUGGGAAUGAUUACAAUUUCUCGGGGCCAGAGUCAUCAGAUGCUGCAAAGGACAUCUCAUCUCCAAACCAGCCCCACAAAGGUAGCGGAACAGAGGGUCCAUCUUACACCUAUGUCACGAAUGGACCUUUUAGAAAUAUCAGUGAGACUGGAGAUGCAAGUCCAGGGCAGAUUCCCUUCUCUGCCAAAGUGAAUGCAAAGCUAUUUGAAGGCUUUAGGGACCCUGGAAAUCCUUUUGCUGCUGCUUUUGGGCAAAACAGGGCUUUUCACCAGGACCAUUCUUCUGUCAGUGGACUAACAGCUGAAGAUAUUGAUAAAGCCAGGCAGGCCAAAACUGAUCCGGAGCACAAACCUCACAAACAGAUGCUCAGUGAACGAGCCCGAGAACGGAAGGUGCCAGUCACACGGCUUGGGAGGCUUGCUAACUUUGGAGGACUAGCUGUUGGUCUUGGCAUUGGGGCCUUGGCAGAAGUUGCGAAGAAGAGCCUUAGAUCUGAAGAACGCAAUGGAAAGAAGGCGAUUAUGGAUUCCAGUCCCUUUCUGUCAGAGGCCAAUGCAGAAAGAAUUGUGAGAACUCUAUGCAAAGUGCGGGGAGCUGCACUGAAGCUAGGCCAGAUGUUGAGCAUUCAAGAUAAUGCCUUCAUCAACCCUCAUCUUCAGAGGAUUUUUGAGCGUGUGCGUCAGAGUGCAGACUUCAUGCCAGUAAAGCAAGUGAUGAAAACUUUGAAUGAUGACCUUGGUCCCAACUGGAGGGAUAAGCUGGAGUUUUUUGAAGAACGUCCCUUUGCGGCCGCUUCCAUUGGCCAGGUUCACCUGGCACGCUUGAAGAAUGGUAAAGAAGUUGCCAUGAAGAUCCAGUACCCUGGAGUAGCCCAGAGCAUCAGUAGCGAUGUUAACAAUCUGAUGACCGUCCUGAGCAUGAGCAACGUUCUCCCAGAAGGUCUGUUUCCUGAGCACAUGAUUGAAGUUCUGAGCAGAGAAUUGGCCAUGGAGUGCGAUUACAAGAGAGAAGCUGCCUGUGCUAAGAAAUUCAAGGAGUUGCUGAAGGAUCACCCUUUCUUUUAUGUCCCUGACAUAGUGGAUGAGCUGUGCAGCCAGCACGUCCUGACCACAGAUCUAGUGCCUGGGUUCCCGUUGGACCAAGCAGAAGGAUUAAGUCAGGAAAUACGGAAUGAGAUCUGCUCCAACAUCUUGCUUCUGUGCCUGCGGGAGCUGUUUGAGUUCAGGUUCAUGCAGACUGAUCCAAACUGGUCUAACUUCUUCUAUGACCCACAGCUACACAAGGUGGCCCUGCUGGACUUCGGUGCAACACGUGGGUUUGAUGAGGAUUUCACUGAUCUCUACAUUGAGGUAAUAAAGGCGGCUGCAGAUCAGGACAGAGAGACAGUUUUGAGGAAGUCGAUAGAAAUGAAAUUCCUUACUGGCUAUGAAAUCAAGGAAAUGGAAAAUGCCCACUUAAAUGCUGUUCUCAUCCUGGGAGAGGCUUUUGCGUCUGAGGAGCCAUUUGACUUCGGCGCCCAGAGCACCACGGAAAAGAUCCAUGGUUUGAUCCCGGUCAUGCUGAGACACCGACUUGUCCCUCCCCCAGAGGAGACUUAUUCUCUCCACCGGAAGAUGGGGGGCUCUUUCCUCAUCUGUGCCAAACUGAAGGCCAAAAUCCCCUGCAAAAACAUGUUCCAGGAGGCCUAUAGCAAAUAUUGGAGCAAGAGGGCCAAGAAACAAGAGCUGGAGCAGUAGUGAAGAUAAACUAACAAUUUGUCUCAUUCUUAAGGCCCAGUCAUACUGUAUCUAGCAAAGAGCAACAUAAUCUGUCAUGUCUCCAUAGUCUCAUUUUGAGAUAUAGCAGCCUGUGAGCACGGAGUUCAAUGUUUGUUUCACAAGACAGAGUCUUUCUUUAACACAGCGUCUGUCCUACAUUCUGCCAUUUAGAUCCCAUGGCUUACAGGAAUUGUCCUCUAAGGUUGGUGGGGUUUAGUCUGAUGUGGUGUUCUGCGCUGUUCAAGGCACCAGCCAGCUGUCUCUUGUGCAUUUUUAACAUUGAUGGUGGCUACAUACUGUGGUUUAUUUUUAUAAAGUGUUGGGUGUGGGGGAGAGAACAAAAUCAGGAUUAGUUUGCAUUGAAACCUUCUAUAAUUCUCUGAAAAUCAUUUAAAAGAUUCCCCAACCAAUUUUUUUUUUUUUUUUUGCUAAAGUGGAAUUUGAAUGGUUUUCAUACUGUGAAUUAUAGACUAGAAUACUUGGUAACCUACAACAGACCCCUGUUUUGUAAGAUGAAUGGUGGCAUUGGGAGAAGCGUGGAUUUGACUUACAAGGAAUAUAGUGUAAGAUGUAUACACAAGAUGAAUUUUUUUUGGCUUGUGCCUCUUUCUGUCUUUGGCUUGCAAGCUAAAACUAGGAAGCAAAGAACUAAAAUCUGAUACAAGCAGUGCCAAAAUUUGUGUUUAAACAUAUCCAUGUGCUCAGUCAGUUGUCUUUUUAAUUUUAAGUUGAAUGUAUAAAAAUAGUGAGCAAUCCUCCUAGCUGAUACAUAUCAGUUCUUAUGUCAAGACUUUGGCCAUCAGUUCUUGGCUCGUUAAAAGUCCCUGCAAAGAAACUAGUCUUUGCCGCCUUGUCUGUACUCUCCAAUGCAGAAUUUGAGGGAAGGGGAAAAUGUUCUCUGGUAUCUCUUACGGGCAUUUCAAGCUUUUGCUGAAAUGUGUACUUCCUGUUUAUAGCCAAACGCACAGUUUUAAAAAAUUGAGUCAGUCUAGCAAACUUGUGAAGGGUUUUGUACAUUUCUUGUCUCUGUGUGAUUUACUGAUUUCAAUAAAAAAGUGCUUGUGCAGAGGG